UCGUUGAAGAUUCACGUCGUUUUCUAUUGUCCAUUGAUUGCUUUGGAAAACAGCUCCAUCUUUGUGAUAACAAGGGUUGUUCUCCUUUUAUUUUACAAUGGGUAUUCCCAAGUUUUAUCGUUGGCUUUCCGAAAGGUUUCCGGUGAUCAACCAAGAGUUGGAAACAGAGUACGAGUUUGAUAACUUUUAUUUGGAUAUGAACGGAAUCAUUCAUCUUUGUACGCACAAUAAUAAUAGCCUCCAGUUGGUGUGGAAUAAUGUGGAGGAAAUGUUUGACAGUAUUUUUGAAUAUACCGACAGACUAUAUAGAAUUGUAAAACCAAAAAAGUUGUUAUUUCUGGCAGUUGAUGGAGUAGCCCCACGCGCCAAGAUGAAUCAGCAACGUAGUCGUCGUUUCCGAAGUGCCAAAGAUGCAGAAAAAGCCCUAGCAGAGGCUAUCGAAAGAGGUGAAGAAAUAAAGAGCUCUAGUCGCUUUGAUUCCAAUUGUAUCACACCUGGAACGGAGUUUAUGCACGUGUUGAGUCAACGAUUUAAAGAUUGGAUUUCUUUUAUGACAACUCAUGAUCCUGCUUGGCAACAAGGAUGUGAUAUUAUAUUUUCAGGUCCUGAUGUUCCUGGUGAAGGAGAACACAAAAUCAUGGACUUUAUUCGUACUCAUACAGAGGAUAAAGAAUGGACUGAGAGAAAACAUUGUUUAUAUGGCUUAGAUGCCGAUCUGAUUAUGUUAGGAUUAGUGACUCAUUUUCCUCAUUUCUCAUUGCUUCGUGAAAAGUAUGUUAUUCAAAAGAAGGAUGGAGAAGCCAAUAAGCCAAAAUUCUUUUUUGAAGAGUUUCAUUUUCUACAAUUGGCUCUUUUAAGAGAUAUGUUGUACCUGGAAUUCAAACCUUUUGGAGAUACUGAGUUGUCUUUUGCCUAUGAUUUGGAAAGAGUGGUGGAUGACUUUGUGUUUAUGUGUAUCUUUGUAGGAAAUGAUUUUUUACCCAAUUUGCCUCAUUUAGAUAUCAAUACGGGAGCAUUGAAUGUGAUGUUUGCAGUAUACAAGUCAUUACUUCCACAAAUGGGUGGUUACUUGACUGAGAGACACCGAAUUCAUCCUAAAAGAACGGAAUGGUUUCUUCAACAAGUUGCAAAAGCAGAAAGAGCCUACUUUCAGUAUCGAGCUGUAGAAGAAAAUGAACCAGGCUUUUUAGGAGAUGAAUACAAAAGUUAUUAUUAUCAGAGCAAGUUGGGUAUCCGAAUGGAAGAGGAGCCACAUAAAGUACGAGAACUUUGUCAAAAGUAUUAUGAAGGUCUUCAUUUUAUUCUUCAAUAUUAUUAUCAAGGAUGUCCCAGUUGGAAGUGGUUUUAUCCGAGUUUUUAUGCUCCUUUGGCCUCCGAUAUGGUUCAGUUGGAAGAAAUAAGAGUAGAGUUUGAACAAGGACAUCCAUUUCGUCCACUUACUCAGUUAUUGGCAGUUCUUCCACCAGAAAGUUCUUCCUUUCUUCCAGAACCACUUCGUAAUUUAAUGAUAAGCGACUUGUCUCCUUUGAAUGAAUACUAUCCUCCUGACUUUGAAGUGGACUUGAAUGGAAAGAGAAAUUCAUGGGAAGCUAUUGUGUUGAUUCCAUUUAUAGAUGAAAAUCGUCUAUUGAAUGCUCUAGCAACCGUUGAUACUCGUACUGAAUUGACGGAUGAGGAAAGAUGUAGAAAUGAAGAAGGAAAGAAUUAUAUUUGGCAUACUCAAACCAAAUCCAAAAAGUAUCGUUCAAAUAGACUCCAUAGAAUGAAAAGAGCAACAAGUUGGAGGAGUCAUGAUACUAGACCUGUAGAAUAGUUGUUAUUUCAGAGAGAAUUUGAAAUGCAACUAUGGAAGAUAUAGGCAAAGGGCUGUAUAGUAUAUAGGGUUUACCAUUUGUGGAAUUUUCAUAAAAUGUUUGUUGGACGC